GAGCUGCCUGUGGAGGUGAACAGUGUGUCAUGGGUAAGUGUGCAGCCUUUUCUGUGCCUCCUAAACUCCCCCACUUCGGAGGAGCCAGUUUUGGGUUCAUAGGCAGUAUCAGCUGGGUUAGGCUGAGAGCUAGGGAACAUGGCAAAGCCACUAGGUCUGUCUGUGUGUCCAGCUGCCUUCGUUAAAACAGAUAGAAACUUCCCCAUAGUAUUGAUUACAGAGGAGUGCUGUCAGUUCUCUUGCUGUGAGGGGAUGCCACAGGCUGGCCCUGUUGGUACAAAUGGGAGUUCCUGGCCCUGCACAGCACACAGCCUAAAGCACCCUUUCAAAAUGGUCUGCCUUAGAUGUGAGGAACUGAUCUGGCAGUUGGGUAUUUCUUUCCCUUCUGCCCUGGCAAGUCUGGGUGAGAAGAUUUUGGGCCUGCCUGGAUACACUGUCAGGUGACAAUGGCCUGGGUGUGCACCACCAGCCCCCACCCACACUCCAAUACUGUGUCCAGUACAGCUGGGACCUCCCCUCACCUGCCACACUGGGACAGCCAGUCCUAGCUGAAAUGGGUUCAUCCUGUAUGCAAACCACAGACAAAUGUAGGCGAGGGGAAAAGCCAUUCCCUGCCUGUGGUCGUUAGCUACAUAGAGCCAGCCUGUGCAGGCUGUGUGUGGGGGAGAGGUUUCCGGCUUUCUUAUCCCCAUAAUAAAUCACAGCACUGGGGCUGCAAAAGUGAAAAGGGGGGGAGGAGAGAGAGCUGGUUGAACUACGUUACCCAGGGUGCAUUUGUGAUACCAGGCUUUAUUUUUCCUGGGGGGGAGAGGGGAAUUAUAUAAAUCCUAGUGCGUUUGUCAUCUAGCCCCGCCCUCUGAAACGUCAGAGGUGUUAAGCCCCGCCCCCGUGGAACGUUUUGUAGCCAGUCAGUUUCAGAUUGCUAUAGUCUGUUCUAUUCCAUGCUAUUUCCUGCUGCUGCUGGGGGAUAAAGGAUCCCAGUCUUCUCCUUCCCCUUCAUGGGGAGCUGGAUUUACACUGAGGGAGUGGGGGAAAUCCUGAGCCCCUAACCUGUCCUGGACUCAAGGGACUGGAUCCCAGCAUCCUCCCUUGGCGGUGGGGGGUGUUUUUUUUCCCCCAGUGUUGAUGACCUCCGUGCCCCCAAACUCCGUUCAGGGGGCUGUUCUCACGAGCCGGAGAUCCCGUUCCCGGGGUGUGGACGGGCUGGGGAGGAGGUGGAGGGAAAGGAGUCGCGGGGAUACUGUAUCCUGGAUUGCAAUCGUUCUAGAAAAGGUCCUUCCCUCCUUUGGGGUUUGUGCUGCUGCCUCUUUACCACAAAAGACUCCGGAUCCUGGCCUCUGUGACUCUUCUACAAGAAGACAGGAGGGUUUUGACUGAUUGUUUGGUUUUUGGGGGGUGUGUUUGCUACAUUCAGUUUUGGGGCGGGGGGCUAGCCACCUCGUAGGCUGCUCUCGAGGACACAGCUGCUCCUUCCUUUUUCCAUCUCUUUCCUCUUCUUCCUCCUGCAACAUAUUCAAAAUCUGGAUCGCUAUGGAGCUGGAGAAUAUUGUGGCCAACACAGUCCUGCUGAAAGCUAGAGAAGGAGGUGGAGGGAAGCGGAAAGGGAGGAGUAAGAAAUGGAAAGAGAUCCUCAGAUUCCCACACAUCAGCCAGUGUGAUGACCUUCGGAAAGGCCUGGAAAGGGAAUACAGCAGCCUGUGUGACAAGCAGCCCAUCGGCCGGCUGCUCUUCCGUCAGUUCUGCGAGAGGCGGCCAGAGCUGCAGCGCUGCAUCCACUUCCUGGAUGCUGUGAUCGAUUAUGAGCUCUCCUCGGAUGAGCGGCGCAAGGAGAUGGGCGACGAGAUCAUCCGAAGGUUCUUUAAAAGCGAGUCUUCAGACUAUAUGCCGGAAAUCAGUCAGGCCCUCAUGAACCAAUGCAUGGAGAACCUGCAGAAAAGUGCCUGUAAAGACCUCUUCAGCAACUGUCUGCACCCUAUGCAUGAGUACCUGAGUGGCGCGCCCUUCGCCGACUAUCGGGACAGCAUGUAUUUCGACCGGUUCCUGCAGUGGAAGUACUUGGAAAGGCAGUCUGUGACCAAGGACACUUUCCGGCAGUACCGAAUCCUGGGCAAGGGGGGCUUUGGAGAGGUCUGUGCCUGCCAGGUACGAGCGACAGGCAAGAUGUACGCCUGCAAGAAACUGGAGAAGAAGCGGAUCAAGAAGCGGAAAGGGGAGGCCAUGGCCCUGAAUGAGAAGCAGAUCCUGGAGAAAGUCAACAGCAGGUUUGUGGUCAGCCUGGCCUACGCCUACGAGACGAAGGAUGCACUCUGCCUGGUGCUGACCAUCAUGAACGGAGGCGACCUCAAGUUCCACAUCUACAACAUGGGCAACCCCGGCUUCGAGGAUGAACGUGUCAUCUUCUACGCCGCCGAGAUCUGCUGCGGGCUGCAGCACCUGCACCAGGAGGGCAUUGUCUACAGGGAUCUGAAGCCGGAGAACAUCCUGCUGGAUGAUGACGGUGAGUGGGGAACGCCCGGGGGGAGCUGCCGGUGUCUACAUGGCCCCUUCCCAGGACACAUCCGGAUCUCGGACCUCGGGUUGGCCAUUAAGAUUCCAGAGGGCGAGAUGAUCCGUGGCCGUGUCGGAACUGUCGGCUACAUGGCUCCAGAGGUGAUUAACAACGAGCGCUACACCUUCAGCCCAGACUGGUGGGGGCUGGGCUGCCUGAUCUACGAGAUGAUUGAGGGGCAGUCGCCGUUCCGUGCCCGCAAGGAGAGGGUGAAGCGGGAGGAGGUGGAGAAGCGGGUGCAGGAGGAGCAGGAGCUAUAUUCUGACAAGUUCACCGAGGACACCAAGGCCAUCUGCAAGAUGCUCCUGACCAAGGACCCGAAGCAGCGACUGGGCUGCGGGGAGGAUGGGGCCACCCAGGUGAAGCAGCAUCCGUUCUUCAGGACCAUCAACUUCAAGCGCCUGGAGGCCGGGGUCAUAAAGCCAUCGUUUGUGCCAGAUCCUCGUGCCGUGUACUGCAAGGACGUGCUGGACAUCGAGCAGUUCUCCACCGUCAAGGGCGUCAACCUGGACCAAACGGACAGUGAUUUCUAUGCCAAAUUCGCCACGGGCAGCGUCUCCAUCCCCUGGCAGAAUGAGAUGAUAGAGACCGAGUGCUUUAAAGACCUGAAUGUGUUUGGACCAAAUGGGAUGCGCUCCCCAGAUCUGGACUGGAAGCAGCUCCCCGAGCCGCCCAAGCGCAGCCUGCUUCAGCGGCUCUUCCGGCGGCACCCAGCUGACUACACCAUCAGCACCAACACACACUCCAACCUCACUGCGGGCGUGAACUCACAUCCUCCCACGGCCAACUCCGUCUGCCAAGGCCGGGCCAUGGCACAGGUCAGUAGUUGCCAAAGGGACUCCUCUCUCGAGACUGGCCCCUGAGGCUGUGUUGUCCCAGGAGCUGGGGGUGGCAAUAAGACUCCUGAGCCAUACCAGAUCUGCCAGGCCAAGAGCGGCAGACUCGCUGCACUUUGUGGUUUCGCCCGAUUCCAAGUCCAAUGCACAAACCCCCUUCUGUUCUCCAGCCUCACCGCUCCUCGGGGAGCUCGAUGGCAGAGUGGGCCAUGGGGUCCGGUGGGGCACGUAGCCGGCUCUUCCAGCCCCAGCCGCUGGCUCUCGAGGAAGCUGCGCGUUCUUCCCGGCCACUCGGCUCAUCGGAAUCCAAACAAGACGCUCCAUGGGGACAAUCUGCCGCAGGGGACUCAUGUCCCAAGGAAGGGGUUCUCUGAUGGGGGGAACCAAGGUUAAAGGCAGGCUGUGCUGUGCAGUCCCACUCGAGCUCCCCUUCUCUUCAUGCCUAGAGCAGCAGGUAAAGCUGGCCCCUGCCAUGGUCUUCUAGGCCUGACCAGAGCAAACCUUGUGAGCGGUGGCCCAAAGAUUAGCCAUUUCUGUCUGACUGACACCCGCCCCCUGUGGUAAGAAAGGGUAUUAUGGCCUUAUGCCCCUCCCCUCUCUCAGCUGGAGCAUGAGCCAUGCCUGUGAUGACCUCAGCAGGUCCCGCAUUCAAAUUACUUCUAGCGUGAGCAUGUCUCCUCUGGGGAGUGGGAAUCUCUGGGAGCACAGUGGGGUGAUGGGUUCCAGCCUGGCUGGACUCCUGAUUGCUUGGUGGUUGUGUGGGAAGAAUCUUCACCUCCCCAGUUCGGUUUGCGCUGGUGGAACUGGGAGCUGAGUUCCUGCUGGUGGCAGCUGCAGUGCAGGCUGUGCUGGGGACCGUCUCUCACUCAGCUUUGAGCCUGGCCUGCAUGACAGCUCUCGCCAGUGAGGCUGCGGCACUGGUGACUGGUGGGUCCCAUCUUUGCCAGUGCAGACAGGGCUGUCAGUGCUCUGGGGGUCAUGCUGGGUUGUAAAGUAAGGAAAAGACAGUGCUGGUGAAAUGUUGGGUGAUGGCGCAUGGGGGAGGCUACCCCCUGGGAGCACUGCUGGAGCUGAGCAGUUGGGGUCUAAAUUUGGUCUCUGGAAGUGUCUGUGUCCCAGCCAUUGUCUUGGCUGGAUUGGCAUGGACCUUGCUUUGCCCUGGUCUUGGCAACCUGCUUGGCUAGAAGCACAAACAGGUCGGGGGAAAACAGUGCAAUGUUGCAGGAGAUUUAGAUGCAUCAAUGGAAGAUGUGUCUAAAUCCUCUAGACUGCUUGACAGCCUCAACCCAAAUUAAAAAAAACACUGAUCCCGCUGCACUCAUGUUACCAACAGUAACUGAAACAGAAAGUGGUUGCAAAAAGUUGUGUUCUUGUUCCCUUCAUGCAUUUUGCUCAGCUUGGAGGAAGAAAUUAGGCAGGUUGGUGUCAGUGGGUUUCACUUCCUAGUUCUCCAGAACCAGCCCAAGGUUGCAGAGAGCGAGUUGCAAACACUGCAGGAGGAGGUUUAAAACCAGACUAGGUGGUGUUCAUUCACACUUUCAGGUUGAUCCAAUUGUUAAAUUCUGUGAAACACUUCAUUUAGGAAAAAGUAGCUCUUGGGCCUAGAUGACAAGACUGUCCCGCUGAAAAAUACAAACUGAUGGCUUUGGUGUAAAUGAACCAAGAAAGAUUGUUUCAGAUGCCACGCCUCUUAUCCCUGGAGCCUCAGCAGAAAUCCUGAAAUAAACUCUGCUUGGUUUUUGAAGAACUUACAAUUCUAUGUGGGGGGCUGGGCAGAGAAAGUUUCUUGAAUAUGAUUGUCUCCUGCUCCAUCUCAUCGGAGGGGAAAAUGUCUUCUGAUACCAUUGAAAACGGGGGGUGUGAGAGAGAAAAUGAGUGUGUUUGUUAAGCAGACUGAGAACUACCUUUUGCUGAAAGAUGCUCUGUGACCCACUGAGCUUGUCCAGAAAGAGACUGUGCGCCACAUGGACAGUGUCUGUUUCUAUGCAAGGAUAGGGUGCUGUCUCAUGCCAGUUUCUCCAGCGGGAUGCUCUGGGGAUUCCAAACAAGACUGAGCUUCCCCCUUGCAAAAAGACACCUGUAUUUUUGUAUUUUCCUUUCUCUCAGCAUCCAUGGGCUUUGGACUGGUUUUUUACACUGUAAAUUCCUGGUUCUGGAGUAUUCAGUUUGGUUUUUGUAUAUUUGUAAACAUGUGUAAAUCCUUAUAUGGUGAGUGCCUGGAUGUACGUUUUAAAGCUAAAAGCAGCAAAGCAAGCCAUGUGGUGACUUGUACACAUCUAUGUUUCAGGGAUAUUUUUAUGGGGAAUUUAAAGCAAAACAAACCCAACCUCUCAGAGGAAGAAGUGGAUGUCACUUUUCCCCAGUCGAGGAGAAGCCCUCUUACUCCGCUGUAUUUUUGUAGUAAGCUUUUACAACUUUCUAAUUUGUAAUUUAAUUACAGGACUAUAUUUUAGGUUGGUUUUCUUUUUUUUCCUCUUCCAUUUUGUAAAGCACUGAAAUUA